UUUCAAGAAGAACUGCUACAGUCUGGCCAUACAAAAGACAACUCAACUCAACAUAGAAACCAAGUUGUAUUAAUAUGGACAUCGAUAAGAAAAGACCUCGUCAUGUUUCCCAUAAAUCCCCUUUCGAACAUGCAUUUGUUAAUGGAUUAUUACCAUCGGCCUACAUUUAAAACUAUUGGCAAAAAGGAAGGAGUGCAGGCGAGCACCUUGCGUGCACGUUAUGGAUCUUUAGGAAUGUUUUUACAGUACCUCCGACGUAACGAGAUUUUUGCUGGAAUGAGCAGAUUGCAGCUUUCCUCUCUUUCACAAUCUGCUAAUGAUUUCAACAAGCAGUUAAACCCGUUGGUGAAGUAGAGAAAGGUCAAAAUUAGAAAGAACAAGUGCAAGCAGCUGCUUCGACCAACGCAUUUUAUCAAGUAUGGUGAGAGCAAAUUUGUGCAACAUUUAAUUUCACAAGUGCAGAAGGGAGUUACAAAGAGGAGCCAAUUUACAAGAUCGUUUGCUAUUCAAUUUCGUGACUAUUUGAUCACCAAUUUAGUUAUUGGAAACGGAUUGCGUGCCUCUAACAUUAUCGAGCUGACAACAAAGGAUGUGGAUAAUGCUACAGUUGUGGAGGGCUAUGAAGGACAUAAAGUACUUUCCAACUACAAAUACAAGACAAGUACAAUUUAUGGCGAAAAAUUCAUCGUCGUAAAUGACAUGCUCUAUUUGCAUCUUCAAUUUUUCCUUCGCAAUUUGAGAUCAAUAAUUUCAAAAAACCCUUCAUUAAAAGUUUUUCUUCCUGGCUCUGGAGCGCCGAAGAUGAGCCAAACAAAUGUGUCGGCAAGCUUAACGGCAAGUUUUAAACUUGCAAAAGUUUGAUCUCAAAAUGAAUACCAACGCAUUUCAUGUACAAGAGUGCGAUGUGGUCUGGCAACGUUUGCUUGUAACGAUGGCGGCUUUGAAUCAGGUUUUUUUGCAAAGCAUUUUAUGAAAAACAGAGAACAGACGACGGACAUGCACUACAACUUACUGUCGAAUCGCAGACAUGCGUUGAAUAUAGCCAUGAAGCUAUAUGCUUCUUUUAACGGCGUCGAUGGAGAGAAAAUUACGAUAGAACCAAAAGAUGUCCAUGAAAUAGCCGAUAAGCUUAAAAAAUCUUCCGGGAAUCUGAACAAAGAACAGAUACUUCGCUGGUUAAAAAGUAACGAUCCACAUGUCACCAAAAGCGAGUUGGCUGAUUUCAAGGAAAUGUUAGCUGAGUGUGAUCAAAAACCAAGCGAAAAUACUUCAAGUUUCUAUGGUGCUUCGCAGCAGGAGAAAGAUAUUGAUUUUAUUUCCGUUGCUAACUUGGAUGGUACUACCACAGAAAACGAAAAGCUAAGUAGCGAGCGCAGCUCUGAAGAUGGCGACAGUGAUAGCGAGAAUGAAAUUUUAUUUCAUAAAAUCUCAAUCGAUCUAAUACUGGAUUCUUACAACCAAACAGGCUCCACUACACAAAGCUGGUGGAGCCCGGACCUCCUUCCUCUGUCAACUUCUUCGCGAUCGAGAUUGGAGCUCCGGUUAUAUCAAUAUUUGUUUACAAGUUAUUAUCAAGUUAUUUAA